AUGCAUCCGAGUGGAACGGUCCGCAACCCCAGACUAUGUGGGUCUUGGGCGGGUCUGACACAAUGCAGUCUUCCGGCUUACGAGAGGAAGCUCAGAAGCCUCCGAGCUGAUCUUCCCCUCCGAGCUGAUUGUUUCCUCCCCCGUUCCCCGUUCCUCGUUUCCCCUCCAAGAUCCGGGACACGGUCAGAGGAUGCUUUCUCGAUUCUCACCGUCCUGAUGGCACGCUCCACUCCCAACGAUUUGCGUAAGACGAAGAAGUUAACACUCUCGUGUUCUCGAUGUCGCGCCUGUAAAUUGAAAUGCGACCGCAAGGAACCCUGUUUGGAAUGUGUCAAACGCGACGUUGGCUACCUCUGCACCAAGGAUGAACGGCAACCGAGAGCGAAACGGACCAAGACCCAAGACAACGGCCAGACCCUCGGUCAGGUCACUCCGGCGCCAGACGAUGAACCUGAGGUCGAGGAGACCGCCCGGAUCUUGGAGCAUUUCGUGGAUGGAAAUCCUCCUCCCGCGCCAGAUCCCGCGGCCGUCGCAUCAGACUUUCCGAAUCGAUAUUGGGUCACGAUGGACCCACGGAGACACGAACAAAAGCUCGCCCUCAUUCGCGAGGUGGUCGAGGCGCUGCCGGAGUGGGAUGUCAUGAAUCUUCUCUACGAGAUUUUCGUGACGCGGUGUCAAGGCCCACUGGGCAAUGUGGUGCACACGCCCACCUUCAUGCAGCAGGCAGAACAAUUCCGCCAUUGCCUCCGUCUAGAGGCCCCCGACACCGCCAUCGCCAGUACGAUGACCAUGGACUCGCUUGCCGGGUUGCUCCUCGCGCUCUUGCUCGGAUUGGCCUUCCAUCCGACCCCGUCUCUUCUGGGUUGGACUUUGACCCCGUUGACGUGCAGCGUGGAACAACUGCGCGCUUCCGACGAGCCUGCAGCGACAUGGCGAACCCUCGCCGUGCGUUGUUUGCAUGGAGGCACCUCCCUCUUCUGUGGUUCCAUCCCGAGUUUACAGGCGGCCGUCAUGCUCUUGCUUGAUGCCAAAGACAGUUCAUUGGCGCUGGAUGCCGUGUUGGUCACCGCCAUCUCGGGCGCGCGCAAACUUGGACUGCAUCGUCUCGGUCACAUCACGUUGGAUGCGUUGCCUGUCGUGGGUGAUGAUUUUUCUGCGACGACCGAACCGCCCCAUAUUCGCACUGAGAUCGCCAUCCGCCUGUGGUGGGCCCUCGUCAUGAGAGAUUGGUCGCGUGGGCAAGCACUCGGAUACUGUACCAUUUGUCCUUCUCAGUUUAACACCCGGAUGCCGCUCCAUAUCAACGACGACGAUCUUUGUCGGACCCACGGCAAGAUUUGUGAGCGCCCACGCUCCGAGUUCACUAUGCUCUCCUAUACCGUGCAUGCGUUGGAACUGGCGAGCAUUGUGCGGGAGUCGAUCAACCUUAGGGAUGCGAGCGCCGGGGCGGCUCACCGACGCCAGCGGCUCAAUCAGCAGUACGAGGAGUAUGUGGCGGGCCUGCCAUUGUACUUCCGGCUGGGAAGCACGGUCGGACUGACGGCUAUGGGUCCCAUGGCCGCCGUUCCGGUUCAGCGAUUCCUCUUGCAUCACCAACUCUGGAGUCUUCUCCUGCGCCUUCAUCGCGCCAAUCUCUUUUCCCCCGUGGGCCGUGCGGCCUGUCAGCUUCUGGCACAGAAUAUCAUUGGCACCCAGGCCCAGAUCCAGGCCCGCUGCGCCGUGUGUGACUCUCUCUCCACCAACGACACUCAACUGUUCAAUGCAACCGUGGUGCUGAUUCUCGGGUUGCUGUUUGAUUCCGUACCCACGGAAUCCGACCAGUCAAGUGCCCAACUCAGUCGCUUGAUGACACGCGACAAGAUCCGGGAAGCCAUCGAGUUGUUGCGGUCCAGGAGCCUCUCCGAGGAUCCUUCCCAGGACACGUUGCCUCGAGAUAUGGCGCAUGGAUCGGCGCUGCGGAGUGUCAUGGCCCUAGAGGCCCUGAUGAGACUCGAGGAACAAGACUCGGCGGACGGCGUCGAUAGUCUGCCUGGCCAUGGCACUGGAUCGGACGAAAGACGCUCCCUUCACCGCCAAGUGGUCGAGAUUUUGGAGACCUUGCGCGGACCAGCUGGUUCCAAUGAAUGGCCGGUUCCUGGGCUUUCGGCUCCUGGGGUCGGUUUGCCGUCUCUCUCCUUGUCCACCGCGGAUGACUUUUCUGAUCUGGAUGUCAUGCCAAUUCUCACGAAUAGUCUGAGUCCUAGUGUUUGGGAAUUUUUGGAUUUCCCUGCGGCACCCGACAGCGCAAAGAAGGACAAUUUUUUUUCGAUCCCGGGAGAUUUUGUCACCAACACGCUGAACCCGAGCUUGGGUGACAGCACUACGGGCAUGGGCAGAACCGAAACAUCUCCCUCCUCUCCCGAAAGUGAAUUUACUUCGGAUCCGGUCCAAACUCCCCCAAGCGCAGAUGCCUUGACGGCCGCUGCUUUCUACCGUGCUCAGAGUCACGCGUCCCUUUCCUUUAUGGUCACAACGCUCCGGCUCUGA